AUGGAACUAAGCAUGAAUAAACGUUUCAAAUUAAUUUCAUGGAAUAUUGAUGGACUCGAUAGGCUCCAAUACACACUUGAAGAAAGAACUGGUGGUAUUGUUGCUGUCAUACAACGAGAAAAACCAGAUGUUGUCUUUCUUCAAGAAGUUAUUCCACAAUCGCUUGUGUUACUGAAUAAUUUUCUACCGGAAUUCGAUUUCUAUACUGGCGAUAUCGAAGGCUAUUUCGUAGCUAUAUUAACACGACGUUACACCAUCAAAGUACAAAGUCACGAAGUAAUUCCAUAUCCUGGUACACAAAUGGAUCGAAAUUUACUGAUUGUUCAUGUUAUUUAUGAAGACUCCAUCGAGAUCGAUUUGAUGACAAGCCAUCAUGAGAGCUGCAAGGCAGGCGCCAACGAGCGUAUUCAACAAUUAAAGUUAUGCUUCGAAAAAAUGGUUGAAACUCCAGCAAAUCGAAUUGUUCUCUUCGGUGGUGAUUUGAAUAUGCGUGACAAUGAGCUGGUAAAAGCGGGUAAUAUCCCGGAUGGUAUUUGUGAUUUAUGGAUUGAAAUGGGCAAACGUGAAGAAUACGCCUAUACGUGGGACAUGCAACUUAAUACAAACCUUGACUUUUCAGAUAAUAACUUUAAACCUCGUUGUCGUUACGAUCGAUUGUAUUUUCGAGCGGCAACGUCACCAAUGAUCAAAUUUAAACCAAUAUCUUUCAAACUUGAAGGUCUGGAAAUUAUUCAAUCAAUUCAACGUUUCUGUUCGGAUCAUUGGGCAAUUCAAGCUGAAUUCGAAGUCUAA